AUGACGUUCAAAACUUCAGGACAACCCCAAAAUGCUUCGUAUAAAAUUGGAGCCAGGCAAUCGGUUGACAAAGAUUUUCCUUGUUUCGAUGGAAAUCCCCAAGAUUGGCCACUAUUUUAUAAACAUUUUACGAAUAUUUGUUCAUUAUGUGAAUAUUCGAAUGAGGAGAUAAUGCUCAAGUUACAGAAAUGCUUGAAGGGAUUAGCCAAGUCUACCGUUUCUGGAAUGAUGCUGACAUCGAACGUGGAUCUGGUUAUGAAAACACUUGAAAAACGCUUUGGCAGGCCUGAAUUCAUCAUCGAAACACUCGUUAUGAAAAUCAAAAAUAUCCCGUACAUAAAAGACUGUAAUUUGGAGAAACUCAUUCAUCUAUCGAAUGAAGUUAAUAAUAUGGUAUCUACUAUGAAAAUUUUGGAAUCCACAGGUCAUCUACAAAACCCACAGUUGAUGAAAGAACUCCUAAAUAAGUUACCAGAUAUAUUGAAAUUGAACUGGGGUGAAGUUGUUUCAAGGAGGAAUGGAAUAGUAAAUCUCGCUGAUUUUGCAGAAUGGUUGGAGAAUUACGCUAGCGCCGCAUGUUUUGUGAGUACACCUCAGCCAUUUGAAAUCGAAAAACAAAAUCAAUCGAAAAGAUCCGAAAGAGUCCUCAGUACAGCAGAAACACACAAAUUCAAGAUUGCACAGAAGUAUUGCUCAUAUUGUGGCAACGACAGUCAUCAAAGUGAGUGUCCUAAUAUGAAGGCUGACGACAUCGAUACCAGAUGGAAAACCGUUACGGCGAAAAAACUUUGUUUCUCGUGUCUUAAAAGAAACCACCAAAAAUUAAAGUGUCGGAACAGAAGAGUAUGUGGAAUAUCUGGUUGCAAAUUGUUUCACCACCGUCUUCUCCAUAAAGAAAAAACCUAUCCUUCAAGUGAGAAUACUGCUAAUGACAGUACGUCGAAAGUUGAGAUGAUAUGUGCAGUAGCCAGCGACAGGAAAACGUUAUUGCGGAUGAUUCCAAUAAAGCUUUAUGGUCCAAAGAGCAUCCAAACAGUAUAUGCACUUUGUGAUGAGGCAUCAACCAUUACUUUGCUAGAUGCAGAAAUCGCGAAACAUCUAGGUAUUACAGGUUCUCCAGAACAGAUAUGUUUGCAGUGGACAAACGAAGAAAUCAACUCACAAGUGAAUUCGAUUAAAUUCGAUUUGAAGAUUUCUAAGGUGGAUAAAGGAAGCAAAAUUCAUCUUCUAAAGGGUGUUCGAACCAUGGAAAAUCUGUCGUUGCCGUCACAAACAAUAAAAAUAACAGAUAUUGAAAGAGAAUCUCAUCUAAAAGGAAUACCGAUUCGGAGUUAUGAGAAUCAGAAAGCUGUCAUGAUAAUCGGACAGGAUAACAUUCAUUUGAUAACCCCUCGGCAAAUACGAUGUGGAACAGAAUAUUCUCUGAUGGCGACAAGAUGUUUAUUGGGAUGGUCAGUACAUGGGCCCAGUUCAAGAAGAAAUGAAAAGGAAAAUACUCGUGUGUUACAUGUAUGCGAAAAACAUAAUGAAGACGAUGAGCUUCAGGAUCUAAUGAAGAGGCAGUAUUCGACUGAAUCUUUUGGAGUUUUAAUAACACCCAAUAGAUUGAGCCAAGAAAAUUCUAGGGCAAUGGAGACAAUCAGAAGAGUAGAUGGUCGAUAUGAAGUUGGACUUCUUUGGAAAGAGGAAGACACGCAGCUUCCAGAGAGUAAAUUCCGAGCAUUGCAGAGACUGAAAUGUAUCGAGAAAAAGUGCCGAAAAAACGUUGACUUCGGAAAAGAGUAUUGCCUGAAAAUUCAGUCCUACAUAGAAAAAGGGUAUGUGACGAAACUCAAUGAAGAAGCUGACGUAUAUGGUCCACGAACUUGGUACCUUCCGCAUUUUGCAGUCGAGAAUCCAAAUAAAAUCAGGUUAGUUUUUGACGCAGCUGCCAAAUCGAAUGGUCUCAGCCUAAAUGAUGCGUUAUUGUCUGGUCCUGAUCUUUUACAAUCGCUGGUAGUUAUUCUAUGGAAAUUUAGACAAAGAAGAUUUGGAUUAUGCGGGGACGUGCAUGAAAUGUUUCACCAGGUUCGUAUCCGAAAACAAGAUAGGCCUUCGCAACGUUUUCUUUGGAGAGACUUGGAAUAUAAUCGUAAUCCUGAUACAUAUGAGAUGAACGUAAUGACCUUUGGAGCUACCUGUUCGCCAGUUUGCGCACAAUUCGUAAAGAAUUAUAACGCUGACAAAUUUGCAUAA